AAAAGCAUUCUUCUCUGUCUGCGUUGCUACUUCCUCGUGUCGCACAGUUCCCUGCAUUGAAACCCCAAACGGCAACAGUCCCAAAAUGCUUGUCCUUCGAGCAAGGGAACAAGCUAGAUAUAUCAUGCCCCAGGCGCCUCCGAGAGCCUGCUUGCACCAGGGCCGAUCAGAGUCCAGGCAACCGAACCAAAAUGGCGAUCUCAGCGGAUCUUUGCUGCGGCGUGGUCAUGGCUCUGCAGAAUUUGAUUAUGAUCACGCUGCUCACUCGGACACCCAAGGGCUCCUUCAUGCGAUGGAUCUGUUUUCCCUCGAUGGUAUACCUGGCCUACCUCGAGGGGGUGCUCAACAGCCUCAGUGCGUCGACUUUUAUGUUCAAGAUGCGGACCGGCGGCCACUCCUUCACCUUCCUCAUCCAACUGAUGAAUCUCCUUUAUAUCUCCAACGUCGAUCUGACCACACUGCCAAACCGGUCCAAGGCCGCAUUCCAGCUCCUGCUCACCAUCCGGGGCAUCGGAACACCAUGGCAGCCCAAGAACAUCCCUCCUUUCCCAGCCGUGAUGCAAACCGAUCCUUCUCCCGGACGCACGCAGUACGUCGUCCGCCAGCUCGCCAUCAUCAUCUGGCAGGGUCUCUUCCUUCGUCUCCUCGAGCACCCGCGUCUCCACCCCGACCAAUCGUUCUACAGACCCGGACAGGAGUUCUCAUAUCGACUGGACCAAUGGCCCGGCCGACUGGCAUGCACCUACAUCAUCGGGUUGAUCCCUUCCUAUCUGUUCCUGGAUAUGAUGUACCGCGGCACGGCUAUCGUCUUCGUCGGCUCGGGUGACCAUUCUGUGUCUCAGUGGCCGCCAUUAUUUGGGAGUCUUGCCGAUUCCUACACGUGCCGUGGUUUCUGGGGCAAAUUCUGGCACCAAUACCUCCGCUGGCCCUUCAGCAGCUUCUCAAAUUGCGUCACCACCUGCAUUCUCAAAUUACCCCGGCCCUCCCUCGUCGAGCGCUACGUCAACGUCUUCAUCGUCUUCAGUCUCUCCAUGAUCAUGCACAUGAUUGGCAACACCGUCGCCGGAGUAGGAGGCGGGCACUUAGGCUCAAUACUGUUCUUCCUGUCGAAUGCCGUCGCCAUCAUGUUUGAGGAUGCAGUGCAGUAUGUGUGGCGCGCGGCGGUGGCGCGGCGGUCUCGCACCCCGGUGCGGCUCGGAGAUGAACAGAAACAGAAAAAUGGAGACGUCAAUGCUGAUGCCACCCCCGCUGCGAUCCGCGGUGGUGAUGGUGUCCCUCCGCUCUGGCAACGCUGCAUCGGCUUUGUCUGGGUGGUGCUCUGGAUUGCGUGUUCGUGGUCCUGGUGGUAUUAUCCCAUCAUUCGAACCAUGAUCAAACAUGGAGACCUGUCGGCGACUUCGAGUGGAAAGGAAGUUGUUCCGAGCUGGGAGCUGCCGACACUGGUGGGCUUGGUGGCUGGGGGUGCAGUUUUGCUUCGGGUAGUGUUCAAGGCGGAGCCGUGAUUGUGAGUUUGGGUAUGGGCUUGGGUCAGUCUGGGGUUUAGGGGUUAUGGGUCAGUGGUCUAACGGGAUUAGUUGGUGUUAUCUGGACCAGGAGUCUUAACCGAGCUUGCUAUAUGUCAUGCCGACAGGCAGACUAGAUUGAUCGAUCUUCGUUAUUGGGGAGGAUUUCGAUGGGCUAUGCAUUCAAGGUUUAAGGAAACUUACUGCAACAAGGAACAUUUGCCAAGAAUCAAGGCCAGCACUC